GACCCCCGGACACCGGACAGUCAGGGCAACAAGGAGCCACCACCGGACACCGGACCGCGAGGGCAGCGAGGGGCGACCCCCGGACACCGGACCGAAAGGGCAGCGAGGGGCGACCCCCGGACACCGGACAGUCAGGGCAACAAGGAGCGACCCCCGGACAGCAGACAGUCAGGGCAGUGCGCAGAGACCCCCGGACACAGGACAGUCAGGGCAACAAGGAGAGACCCCCGGACACCGGACAGACAGGGCAGCACCCAGAGACCCCCGGCCACCGGACAGACAGGGCAGCGCGCAGAGACCUCCGGCCACCGGCCAGUCCGGGAAGCUGCCAGCGACUCCCGGACAGCGGACAGAGAGGGCAGCGUCCAGCGGACACCGGCUAGACAGGGCAGCACCCAGAGAUCACCGGGCAGUCAGAGCAACAAGGAGCGACCCCCGGACACAGGACAGUCAGGGCAACAAGGAGCGACCCCCAAGAGGGCAGCGCCCAGCGACUCCCGGACAGCGGACGACCAGGGCAGCGGGCACCGGCCAGAGGUCUCCAGCGCUGCACUAUGUGUAGCGCGCCCCCGGCCCUGCUGGCCCUGCUGGCCCUGCUGGCUGUACUGACCGCCGGGAUCUCCUGGCCGCAGAGAGGCCGGAGCGGUCGGGCCCCGCUCCUCGGGGUGGCCUGCCUGCUGUCCGUCCUCUGGGGCCUGGCCCACUGCGAAGAAAAUAGAUGUGUCUCAUCAAAUGCAGGAACGUGUUCCAGGUGUCUUGCUCUAGGACCAGAGUGCGCAUGGUGCUCACAAGAGGAUUUUGGGGCAGGAGCAAUGAAGAGUGAACGCUGUGACAUCGUUUUCAAUUUACUAAGCAAAGGCUGCAGUUCAGAUUUUAUAGAAUAUCCUUUGGUCCGUGUAACCAUUCCUAAUGGACAGGACACUAAUACUCAAGUGACACCCGGGGAAGUUGCAAUCCAGCUGCGUCCAGGCGCUGAAGCCAGCUUUAUGCUGAGAAUUCGUCCUCUAAAGAAGUAUCCUGUUGACCUUUAUUAUUUGGUGGAUGUCUCAGCAUCUAUGCACAAUAAUAUUGAAAAACUAAAUUCAGUUGGAAAUGAUUUAUCUCAAAAAAUGGCGGACUUUACCCAUGAUUUUCGACUUGGAUUUGGAUCAUACGUGGAUAAAACUGUUUCACCUUAUAUCAGCAUUCACCCAGGGAGAAUUCGAAAUCAAUGCAGUCAGUAUGAUUUAGACUGCAUGCCGCCUCAUGGAUACAUUCAUGUCCUGCCCCUUACGGAGAACGUAACAGAGUUUGAGAAGGCAGUGAACAAACAAAAGAUCUCUGGAAAUAUUGAUACCCCAGAGGGUGGUUUUGAUGCCAUGCUGCAAGCAGCUGUGUGCCAGAGCCAUAUAGGUUGGAGGAAAGAAGCUAAAAGAUUGCUACUUGUGAUGACGGAUCAGACGUCUCAUCUUGCCCUAGAUAGCAAAUUGGCUGGAAUCGUAGUGCCCAAUGAUGGAAAAUGCCACCUGAAAGAUAAUGUAUACAUCAAAUCAACCAGCAUGGAACACCCGUCCCUAGGGCAACUUGCUGAAAAAUUAAUAGAUAAUAACAUCAAUGUCAUUUUUGCAGUUCAAGGAAAUCAGUUUGAUUGGUACAAGGAUCUUCUGAGUUUGCUGCCUGGCACAACUGCCAGACAAAUAGAAUCAAAAGCCGCAAACCUCAAUGACUUGGUGGUGGACGCCUACCAGAAACUCAUUUCAGAAGUAAAAGUGCAGGUAGACCAUCAGAUUCCUGGUCUCCAUUUUACUGUUGCAGCCAUCUGUCCUGACGGUACAAGAAGCACAGGCAUGGAAGGGUGCAGAAAUGUGUCAAGCAAUGAUGAAGUGGUUUUCAAUAUAACUGUGGCAAUGGAGGGUUGCGAAGUAGCUGGAAAGAGAAGCUAUGCGGUCAUCAAGCCGAUUGGUUUCAAUGAAACCACUGUAGUUAAUAUAUAUAAUAAUUGUACCUGCCAGUGUCAUGACAACAGAAGACACAAAGGAAAUUGUGUAGAGGAAGCUUUUCUGGGCUGUCAAAGCUCUCAUUGUGAAGACACGAACUGUGGUUCAGAUGAAGAUCAGUCUUCUCCUGAGAGUUGCAGAGUACACCAGGAUCAACCUCCUUGCAGUGGUCGAGGAGUUUGCUUAUGUGGAAAAUGUUUAUGUCACAAAACUAAACUGGGAAAAAUACAUGGGAAAUACUGUGAAAUGGAUGACUUUUCUUGCCCAUAUCACCAUGGAAAUCUCUGCGCUGGUAAUGGCGUCUGUGAGGCUGGAAAGUGCAGAUGCUUCAGUGGCUGGGAAGGGGAUCGCUGUCAGUGCCCAUCUGGGUCAGCCAAGCACUGUGUCAACGCCCAGGGGCAGACGUGCAGUGGACGAGGAACCUGCGUUUGUGGCAAGUGCGUUUGCACGGACCCCAGGAGCGUCGGCCGCCUGUGUGAGCACUGCCCGGCCUGCAGCCCCACCUGUGAUGGGAAGAGGGAUUGUGACGACUGCCACCGCUCACCCAAUGGAUCUCAGGCUCUACGCGACCCGUGCAAAACCUCAUGUGCUCCUAUGGUACAGCACUUGGACCAAACCGCAGAAUGUUUUUCUAGCCCAAGCUACUUCAGAGUAUUUUUCAUAAUCUUCAUAAUUACAUUUAUAGUUGGGCUACUUAAAAUACUUAUCAUCAGACAGAUCAUUCUACAGUGGAAUGGCAAUAAAGUUAAAUCUGCAGAUUACCGAGUUUCUACAAAAAAGAAGGAAAAAAUGUUUCUGCCGACUGUUUGCCCAAGAACAGUAACGUAUCAACGUGAUAAGCCUGAAGAAAUUCAUAUUAACAUCACCAAGUUACAUGCACAUGAAACUUUCAAGUGCAACUUCUAAUGGAGAACCUUUGCGAGAGAAAAUAAAAACAAAACUGAAUCCCAUCAUUUUCCCCUUGAAAGUUCUCCAUUUGCAAGUCACCGAAGAUGCUCAAUGAUCUCGAUCUGAGCCAAUCACCGGUUGGACAAUGAACUGAAAAUAGUCAGUCAUCCUCUUAAUGGGACUGCUUAUCCUCAUAGCUGCUGAACUCUUAGAAAGGAAUUGUGUCCUACUACUGUUUGAGACUAGUGUCAUCAUAGCACUUUAAUGUAAUGUAGAUAUAACUUAUUUAGUUGCGGCAUAGAAUGUAGACCUGAAUGGCACUGAUUUCACUUUACAGGUAGCUAACAUUCUUUCAAACCAGGGGGAAAGGGCAAUACUGUGAGAAAAACUUCAGCUCCGCUCUAUGCUCUUAAGGGUAGAAUCCAGUCAGUCUCACAGUAUGCGAUAUUUCUUUUUAAGCUUGUCAAUUCUUGCGGUCUUUUCUACCAAGUGGAUGCUAAGUCCACAGCUCUUUCUUGCUUUGCCUUGGAAACCUUUCUCUACGCAUAACAUUGAGUUUCAUAAGGGUCACGGCAAACUGGAUCAAAUAAGGUUGUGUUUACUACUGUGGUUUUGGUUCAUGAUUUUUAAUGAAUGGUCUUUAACAGGCGUACUUUACAAAAGGUAAAUGUUCUGAAAGAAAAACGGUAAGGUAAUCGUCAGACCUUUAAAAGAUACUCUGAAGAAAAGAGUAUCUUUUCAGCAGACUUAGGAGUACAAGUUUUCAUACCUGAAAAACUGGAUGGAAUUCACCAUUUCACUUGCAACUGAAAUGAAACUUUGCAGGUCAUUUGGAAUCUCUGGGAAUAUGCACAAAGUACCUAAUCAUUCAAGGCACAAACUGAACGUUCAAACAUCCCCAAAAAACAGCAGAGUUACAAGUGCCCUGAAACUGCCAAAGGCCUUAGGCACCACCGAGGAACACUUGUGGAAAAAGAUUUAACCUCGAUGAAAAAAUGGUUAUGGAUUUCUGGAUCUGUUUUUCCAAGAAUAUGUAUACACGCACAAUGUGCAUGGACCAAAAUGCCUGAGAGAAAAGGAGAAAGGCCCUCCAAAAGAGUGAGUUUCUUGGAUUCUGAAUAGCUGCAGGCGAUGGAGUUCUGCGACCAGUUCAGCUUCUCUGAGUUAGGCCUCUCUCCCCAGUUUGGAAGUGUCGGCGAGCUCGGCUCUGUGGGGCAGCAGGAAGCCAAGGGUGCCUAAAUGCUCUCAAACCACCUGAGCCCUGGGCUCCUUCAUGUUCAUGAACUAACACCCUCUUCAACGGAGAAUCAGUCUUUCUGGUUAUCUUGCUGAGGUCAACUCCGAUGAUCCUCGUCCUCUGUGUAAUCCCACCCUGUGCUCUACCAAAAAUCGUAGCACCAACAUCAAGCGCUUAGUACAGUGCUCUGCACACAGUAAGUGCUCAAUAAAUGAGAUUG